UGUUUUUUCUUUUGGGCUGGGACCAGGAAGAAGGGUAAACUGGACCAGAAGUGAAUGGCACUUUAUCAACUUGUAGCGAAUGAAACCCAUAGAGUCAUUAGCUGCCAAACCAUAGCCGCCAGCUGCAACUUCAUAUAUCAUUCAUCCAAUCUUCAAUUUUUUUUUUUCUUCCAGCGUAAAGCGAAGGUGUUGGCAAACGUCAAAAGCAAGAUAAAGAAAACUUUAUAAAAAAAUUUAAAGACAAGAUUUAUUAAUGUCUGCUCUAAUUUCCACAAGGGUGAAGUGAACAGAGAUGUAUUUUUUUGUAUGGCAGGAUUGCCAAGGCCCAAAGGACAAGACUGAGAUUGACACUUAACGAACGGAAUUUUCACGGCAGAAAGAGCUGGAACUUGAAAAUAGUAGUACAUUAUAUUCGUGCAUUUCUGUCCAAGCAUGAGCUUUCGAUUCCUUUCUAUCAAUUUAACUGAUCCUACUUUUAUCAGCUUGAUUCCGUUUUUGCUAAGUGUGGCUCCUGCGUGGAUAGGUACGCUCAGAUGCUAUUAUAAUCUCCAUUGUUGACCAAAUAAGACUUGCAGACAGGGAAAAUGUAGGACUGAACUUUAUGUCUUUAUCGUCUUUUUUUCAACAUCAUGAGUUUUUAACACGGAAAUUUCUCUGGGCAGUGUAUCAAAAAGAAAACAAGGAAAUUUCUCUGUCACAAACCAGAAGGCGGUGAUGAAUAGAAAGUAGAGCUCCUUUUCUAUAACUUCUGUCCUUUAUAAAUUAGCCCAAAGAAUUGCUACUAGUGAAAGGAAAUCAGUAGGCUAAAACUUGCUAUGGCAUCAACACUAUCAGUGUUGGCUGCUUUCACCAUUAUCCGCAGCACAUUCAAUGAAUUCUUUCCAAACGAAAUAAGAGAGUACUUCUGGAGUCUCAUUCGCCGUUUCUCACCAGAAUUCACCUUGGUUAUAGAAGAAUCACACCAUGGAUCAGGCAACCAUAUUUACAAGGCUGCCAUGGCGUACCUGGGUAGCCAUGUGCUGUCUGCUUCUUCUGCUGAUGGUUCUCUCAAACGGCUCACUGUAGGCAAGAAUGAGAAUGUAAGGCAGUUCACAUUUGGCCUUGAUAGACACUCGGAGAUUGUGGAUUUCUUCCACGGUGUUCCCAUGAAAUGGAAAUACUAUUCCGAUGUUAACACAAAUAGUAAUAUUCAACUGACAGCUGAAUCAAGGUGGUACGAGCUUAGUUGUAAGAAAAAGCACGCUGAGAUGGUAGAGAGCGAGUAUCUCCCUCAUGUCAUUGACAUGGCCAAAAAACUGAAAGACCGGAACCGGAUGGUGAAAUUUCACACUAUCAGAAGUGAGAGUUGGUGCUCAAAAGGUGUCAAUCUAGAGCAUCCCAUGACAUUUGACACUCUAGCCAUGGAUGGAGACCACAAGAAGGAUAUUGUGGAGGAUCUUGAUAGCUUUAUCAAUGGCAAGGAGUACUACAAGAAAGUUGGAAAAGUGUGGAAGCGAGGUUACUUGCUACAUGGUCCACCAGGAACUGGAAAAUCAAGUUUCAUUGCAGCCAUGGCAAAUCAUCUGAACUUUGAUAUUUUCAACUUGAAUUUAUCUGCAGUCAAGUCGGACUCAUCUCUUGAGUAUUUGUUGCUUCAUGUGUCAAAUCAUUCCAUUCUUGUGAUUGAAGAUAUUGACUGUACAGUCAAACUACAAAACAGGGAAGCAGGGGAUCAAACGGCGAGUUAUCCACAUCUCCAGGUGACGCUCUCUGGACUUUUGAAUGCCAUUGACGGCCUAUUGUCAUGCUGCGGAGACGAGAGGAUAAUUGUUUUCACCACCAACUAUAAGGACAGAAUUGAUCCAGCGCUGUUGCGAGCAGGUCGCAUGGACAAGCACAUAUGCUUGUCAUAUUGCACAUUCUCUACCUUCAAGCAACUCGCAGCCAUCUACCUUGGCAUUUCGAAUCAUGAUCUUUUUUCUCGGAUUGAAAAGAUUAUAGGACAGAUUAAAGUGUCCCCCGCUGAAGUUGCUGGUGAACUAUUGAAGUCCAAAGAUUCCAAAACUUGUCUAGAGGGCCUAAUUCAGUUUCUAGAGAGCAAGGAGUCACAGGCAACUCCAGAAAAGACAAAGCCACAGGGAGAAGAUGGUAACAAUAACAAGCAGGAGAAAGGAUGUCAAAGCAAGGCUUCCACUAAAACUGAUAUGACCAAUGGUGACUCUCCAAAUCAUAAUGCAAUUACAUUUCCCGUUGUUGGUUCUAAUGCAAUGACAGUAGGUGAGUAUACAGUAAAGGCAGAACUAACACCCAUCCUUAGUGCAGUUCUUUUGAAGCAUGGAGACAUUGUUGCCAACAGCACAUUGAAUUCAAUGCAAUGCCGUUCAUCUCUCCUUGAGAUUGCCUGUGGCAUUAUCCAAAAACUACAAGCAGUGAAAUUGGAAGGCAUAACGGAACUUGAGCUCCAGUCCUUGCUUACAACUGUUUCUGAUUUGGAAUCAGUCAAACUGCAAAUCAGUUGGCUCCAUAAGAGACUAGAUGAGAUUAUUGAGGCAGUGCAAUUAGUCAGGCGUUCUUCCACCCUCAAGGAAGACAAGAGGAAAAAUCUUCAAGAAAUUGAGAUGGAGAAAGAGAUGGAAAGUUGCCACACAGAAAAACCAGAGCUACAAAAGAAAUCCCUCCAAAUUCAGAAAAUGAAGGUUGUGACCCAAAAACAUUCUGAAAACAUCUCAAGCACUGAGGCAAAAUUGAGUUAUUUCCAUGAGAGGUCUUUGGUAGAUGGGCUGCUUUGAUUCAUUUUAUCCCACUGUUAAAUAUGCAUUAGUCUAGUAAAGAAGUUCAACAGCAUCCCAUCCACACCUCCUUACUGCUACCCAGAGUUAGAAACUCUCUUGUAAUUUGUAAGUAGGAUAUCUGAAGUACAUUAUUUAUUCUGAAAAUAACCUGGGCAGUAAGUACCAGUUUGAUGGAAAUUGUGGAACACCAGAUUAGCAAGAUCCAUCUGGUCGCAUGUAGGAAAAUGGGAUCCAUCUCCUGCAUCUGUUGAUCAGGAAAACUGAUUCCAAAUUUCUUGGAGAACACUGAUUCUAAUUGUUUCUAAAGGAUAUCAGAGGACCAGCUGAAAUAUUACAUUUUACAACCUUUCCUGGUAGCCAAAUCCAUUUAGGAGUUCAUCACUUGCCUUCUUGAAAAAGAAAAAAUGAUUGAGCUUUGUUAUUUUCACCACCCUAUUCUACCUUGGAAAGCAUUUUAUUGACCCAAAUCCUGAUUCAAUCCUAUUUCAUUCCUUGUCUAGUUCUAAGCUUGCAACCGAAGUCCAGCUUUAAACUUCUCUCAAGAUAUUGAUAUUUGUAAUCUGUCUAUUAUGCCAAGGCUCAAAUACUUCUUCUUCUUCUUCACAGGAACUAAAAAUUUACUAAAUGUUCAAUAUGGUACAAAAUAAUUUGAUUACAUGAAAAAGAUACAAGACCAAGCAUAGGCUUAAACAAUAAGCCAGAGUCAUUUAGCCCUGUUACCAGAAUUCUGGUAGUCUGUCAAUCGGAAUGCUCGAGAAUAAUCUGCCAUACAAUGCAGGUCAUACCGAUCAUCACGCAAGUUUUUAGGUCUCCUUCCAUUUGUUAGGGUUCUGUUUUUGGAGCCCUGGCCCCUUCACCUAAAGUUGAAAUGUACUAGUUUGGUAAUAUACUAGCUACUACUAAGUUGUGCGUUGUUUUAAUUCUGAUAGUAUGUUACAGCAGCCUAUUUUUAUAGUUGGAAAUAUCCUUUCAUUGCAGUUGGCCUGAUAUGGAUCCUAGAAUGGAACUCACUGCAGCAUCCUGUGGCUUCUGUAUUCCUAGCUAUAGGCUAUAUAUAGUGAUACAUGCUCAAAUCACAGACUAAAACACUAUAUAGCAGUGGGAAUUCCUACAAGCCAGAUGAUCUUCGCAAGUUUUGAGCCUGUAAAUCAUAGUUAUAAGAUACAUGAGAAAAAAUGAAAAACUUCCUCUUGGGCUCUCUGAUUCUUUCACAGGCCAAAAGAGCU